AUGCCUAGUCUUUAUCCAUCAUCAAGACAUCGUACUUUUAUUAGUAAACAUCUUACUAAUCGUGAUGAUGAUGAUGAUGAUGAUGAUGAUCCUGACUCAAUUUAUAAAGAAGCAUUUAUUAUUGAAAUAUUUCAACAUUGGAAAGCUAAAGCAUUAGAACAUCAACAUACAAUGAACAAUUCGGAAAAUAUUACUACAUCUAAUGAUUUUACUCAAACACUUGAACAGAAAACUUCAUCUGUAGAAACAUCAAAUAUGGAAACAAUACCUAAUGAAACAUCAUCAAAUAACAAUAAAGUUGAAUUAACAAAUAUUAAUGAACCAUCAGUAUCAACAAUAACAAUGAAGAAACGAACAACACCAUUACCAAUAUCACAUACACGUCGGAAAGAGUCGGCAAAAAAAUGUAUAACAACAUUAAGUGAAUCUUUAAAUCCAAAUCUACUCGCGCCUCAUACUAAAAAUAAAUAUGGAACAACAACUACAACAAAAAAAUCUACUAAGCCAACAACUAUAUUUAUAGAGCCGAAAAAAACUCAACCAUCACUUUCACAACGUCCAUAUUCUGUCUUUUCAUUUGAAGAAUCUGCUCAAAUGAAUCGUAGAACUUUAUUAGAAAAACAAAAUGGAAUUGGUGAUGAUCAUAGUCCAACAUCAAUUUCUUCAACUUGGACACCAACCUCAUAUAUAACAUCUACACGUUCCUAUCUUCAUUCACAAAAUAGUUCACAUUAUGAUGAUGAAACAUCAAGCGAUGAAAGUACUCAUGAAAGUUUAUUAAUACGAAAUAAAAAAUAUGUAAAGAAAAGAACAAAUAAUCAAGAAAAAUAUCCAUUAUCGAAUCUUUCCAAUUUAAUUAUACCAACAGCUAUUUAUAUAACUGAUCCAAAUGGAAAUUCGCGAACAUUCGAUUUGAAUGAUGAUUCUAUGGAAGAAUAUUUUCAUAGUGGACGAAUUAUUGAUAGAGAUAUUAUUUCAACAAAUACAAAUGUUCCAUAUUUUAAGAAUAUGUCUACUCAUUCUUCAUCAUCUACAGGUGCUAAAGUUUCAUCAAUAGAACAAAUUAUUCAUGAUAAACAUGCCUUACAUAGUAUUGGUGAAGAAGAAGAAGAAGGAUCAAUAGAUAAAUAUAAUUAUGAUGGUAAUAUUUUAUCAAAACAACUUGAUCGUAUGGAAGCAUUUACACAAGUACGAAAAACAAAAUCAAAUGUACAGACAAUUGAUACGAAUCGAAAUCAACAUGAAAAUAAUCAAAUACCAUUAGCAAGACGAUGGAGUGAUGGUUUUGUUAGUGAUGAUGAUAAUGAAGAUAUACCAUCACCACAACGUCCAAUGACAAAAACGCCUAGUGCAACAUCUAUUAUGAAACCUCCAGUAACUCCACCUGUUAAAAUAUCAAAAACGAAAUAUCUUCUUAUGAAAUUACAUUUAACACUAUCACCACAAAAGAAUGACAAUUCAAAUACAUCUGGAACAACAACCAAUCUCCCACCACAAAAGCGUACUGUACGACGAUCAUCGGACAAAAAACAUUCUCGUACAAAUCUUGAAAUACGACAAUCAUCUGUAGAUGAAUCAAAACAAUUAUCUAAUAUUAGUCUUCAUAAUUCAUCAAAUACAUUUUCUUUAACGAAUGCAAUUGAAUUGCAACCAAUACAAAGAACUUCAAAUGUAACAGAUAAUAUAACAAUAUCAAAUAAUGAAAACGAUUCUCAAAAUAAUCAUGAAAAUAAAUUAGAAAGUGUUAAAAAUCAUAUAUCAGCUGCUAAUAGUGAUAUUAUUGAUGAUACAACUGAAACAGUUCAAAUGGAUUCACCUAAAUUAACAUCUUCCAUAAACUGUAUUUACAGUUCACAAUCAAGUCUAAAUAGUGCAUGGGGUGAAACAAGAUUCCAGCAUGAUCAUGACAUAUCUGGUACAAUUGAAUUAAAACUUUCUUAUAAUAUCAAUGCAAAUUCAUUAGAUAUCUAUAUUAAAAAAUGUACUGAUUUAGCUCGUGUUAAACGAAAUCAAACAUCAAAUCCAUAUUGUAAAAUUUAUUUAUUAUCUGAUAAAUCUAAAUCUAGUAAACGUAAAACAACUGUUAAAAAAGAUACGAUAGAACCAGUAUAUAACGAAGCAUUUCGUUAUCAUUUAAGUGCAGCAGAGUUUAAUUCAUGCACUUUAUGGAUCUCAAUGUGGAGUCAAACAUCAUUAGGACAUAAUGAUUUUCUUGGUGAAAUACAUAUUCCGUUAGUUAAUUGUAUCUUAGAUAAAUUUCAAGUAUAUACACUUUUAGCACGAAUGCCAAAAGAUAAUUUAACAUCAAAUAUUGAACCAACGGCAGAUUCUAAUGAAUUACAUUUUGAUUUAACUUUUAUUGCAAAUUCAACAAAUAAAGAAUUAGGAACUAUACAAGUCAAUUCUAUUCAAGGUAAAACAAUUUAUUAUGGAAAACAUAAUUUUGAUAUUAUAUGCAAAGGUCUAUUAAUACCUGAUAAAAUGAAACGAAAAUUAGUAAUAACACGUAAAGGACCAUCACCAAAAUGGGAUAUUCCAUUACGAUGGGAAAAUAUAUCACGUAAUAAUUUAAAAAAUAUAUCCAUGGAAAUAAGUUUAUGGCGUCAAGAACGUUUUCGAAAAACAAUGAUUAGUUUUGUUAGACUUAAUUCAUCCCAAGGACAUUUUGAUGAUAAAUUAAUUAAAUCUUUAAAUACAACAGAAGCAGAAAAAUCUGCUUGGGAAUUAUUUUUACAAAAACCAACAAGUAUACAUCAUAUUCGACUUCCAUUACGAUCAGCAACUAAUGAGCAUAAAUAA